AUGGCCCCAUCUGACACAAACAACCGAGCUACAGAGCCUCUGGCCUCGGGUUCAAGUUCGGGGGAUGCCGAUAUGGCCCAGGCCUAUCGAGACCUUGCUAGAGGCGAGCAAGCGGCCACGGCCCUAGAGAAUAAUCUUUCAAACCUCGAGAGCAGGCUGGAUGCCAUCCUCGCUGCUUUAGAAGCCAGAGAAACCACACAGAUGCCCGCCGCCGUAGCUAAGGCCAACAGCUCCCUAGGAGCUGCAGACAAAGGUCAUAAGGGCAGAUCACCGGAUGGCACUAAUGGCGCCGCAGAAAAGAUUGAGAAGGAUUCAGCCUAA